AUGGCUAACGUCCAGCGAAUCAUCAUCUCGCUGAUGGUCAUUUUGACCGCAACCUUCUUAUUCAUGGGCCAGACUGCUCAAGCUGCAAAGGGCCCCAAGAUCACUCACAAGGUCUACUUCGACAUUGAACAUGACGGCCAGCCUCUGGGUCGAAUCGUCAUGGGUCUCUACGGCAAGACCGUACCAAAGACUGCAGAGAACUUCCGAGCACUGGCUACAGGCGAGAAGGGCUUUGGCUACGAAGGGUCGAGUUUUCACCGAGUCAUCAAGCAAUUCAUGAUUCAGGGCGGUGAUUUCACAAAAGGAGAUGGCACAGGCGGAAAGUCGAUCUAUGGGAACAAGUUUGAAGACGAGAACUUCAAGUUGAAGCACACCAAGAAGGGCUUGCUGAGCAUGGCCAAUGCAGGAAAGGACACCAAUGGGUCUCAAUUCUUCAUCACCACGGUGAUUACAAGCUGGCUUGAUGGCCGCCACGUCGUCUUUGGCGAAGUCCUCGAAGGCUACGACGUCGUGGAGCAGAUUGAGAAUGUUCCAAAGGGUUCAGGCGACCGUCCGGCCAAACCGGUCACCAUCGCAAAGAGCGGAGAACUUGAAGUCCCGCCUGAAGAACCAUCGGUGUAUUCCACUUUGCACCCUGAAUACCUGGAUGACGAUGAUAACGACGAGAAGAUCGACACGGAAGCGCCGUCGCCAGAGAACGAGGUUGAGACUCCCGCCAAGGAUGUGCCAGCUGCGGGAGAGGUUUCUGCUCCUGCGGAGGCUUUGAUCACACAAGCCUACAUGCAGAAGGCCGUCUUCUUCCUGUUGAUCAUGGCCGUCAUCUUCUACCUAGUUAGAAGACGGCGAGCGGCAUACCAAAAAGUGGAUGAGAAAAGCAUGGCAUAG